CGCAGCUCUGGUCUGGGCGGGGACCCGAAGGGAGCCCCUCCAGUCUGCACCCGGCAGCGCCGGAGCCCGCGGCCUCGGUAUCGGGGACCGGCUGCUGGCUCCUGACAGCACUCUCGGUGGCGGGGCCGCGCUCCUCCCGCCUGGACCCCGCCCCCCCGCAGACCCCGGUCACUCCAGCGGCUGGCCGUCGCCACCGUCGCCACCGGCUGGUGGAAUGCAGAGGUGCCCCUGGAGGGCUGUGGCCGCUCACAGCUCUGAAUCCGGGUCGGGGGAGGUUUUGGGAGAGUUUGGGGGAGCGCGCUUGAAGGAAUAGGUUGCAGGACUUGGGGAAGGGCUGCACUGGGGAAUUUCCAGAGUCGGGACUGGUUUAGAGCGGAGGGGCAGGCGUCCGCACUCACGGACGCCCGGGGCAGGGUCUCGGAGUCCGGACCUGGCUUGGGGGUAUCGGAGCCGGGAUUGGGGGGAGCGGGCCCCACGUGCCUGUGACGCGGGGGCGGCCGGUAGGCGGCGGCGGCGGCGGCGACGCGGGGCCGGCGGCCGUGCGGUGCCGGGAGGGCUGCUAGGCAGGCGGCAGGAUGCUGCGCGCCGCACUGCCGCUGCUCUGGCUGCCCCUGGCGGGGGCGGGAGCAACCGAAGAGCCCACCCAGGAGCCGGGGUCGCCGGGUGAGCCUCCCCCAGGGUUGGCGCUCUUCCGCUGGCAGUGGCACGAGGUGGAGGCGCCCUACCUGGUAGCCCUCUGGAUCCUGGUGGCCAGCCUGGCUAAAAUCGUGUUUCACUUGUCUCGGAAGGUGACGUCUCUGGUCCCUGAGAGCUGCCUGCUGAUUUUGCUGGGACUGGUGCUGGGGGGCAUUGUCUUGGCUGUGGCCAAGAAAGCUGAAUACCAGCUGGAGCCAGGCACCUUCUUCCUCUUCCUGUUGCCUCCUAUCGUGCUGGACUCGGGCUAUUUCAUGCCUAGCCGGCUAUUCUUUGACAACCUGGGCGCCAUCCUCACCUACGCUGUGGUGGGCACACUCUGGAAUGCCUUCACGACAGGUGCUGCCCUCUGGGGCCUGCAGCAGGCUGGACUUGUGGCCCCUAGGGUGCAGGCUGGCUUGCUGGACUUCCUGCUGUUCGGGAGCCUCAUCUCAGCAGUGGACCCCGUGGCCGUGCUGGCUGUCUUUGAGGAGGUGCACGUCAACGAGACCCUCUUUAUCAUCGUCUUCGGCGAGUCCCUGCUCAACGAUGCAGUUACUGUGGUGCUGUACAAGGUCUGCAACUCUUUUGUGGAGAUGGGCUCUGCCAACGUGCAGGCCACUGACUACCUGAAGGGAGUCGCCUCCUUGUUUGUGGUCAGUCUGGGCGGGGCAGCCGUGGGCUUAGUCUUUGCCUUCCUCCUGGCCCUGACCACACGCUUCACCAAGCGGGUCCGCAUCAUCGAGCCUCUGCUGGUCUUCCUCCUCGCCUACGCAGCCUACCUUACUGCUGAAAUGGCCUCGCUCUCCGCCAUUCUUGCGGUGACUAUGUGUGGCCUGGGCUGUAAGAAGUACGUGGAGGCCAACAUCUCCCAUAAGUCCCGCACAGCUGUCAAGUACACAAUGAAGACUCUAGCCAGCUGUGCUGAGACCAUCAUCUUCAUGCUGCUUGGCAUCUCGGCCGUGGACUCUUCCAAGUGGGCCUGGGACUCUGGGCUGGUGCUGGGCACCCUCUUCUUCAUCCUGUUCUUCCGAGCCCUCGGCGUAGUCCUGCAGACGUGGGUGUUGAAUCAGUUCCGGCUGGUCCCUCUGGACAAGAUUGACCAGGUGGUGAUGUCCUAUGGGGGCCUGCGGGGGGCUGUGGCCUUCGCUCUUGUCAUCCUCCUGGACAGGACCAAGAUCCCUGCCAAGGACUACUUUGUAGCCACCACUAUUGUGGUGGUCUUCUUCACAGUCAUCGUGCAGGGCCUGACCAUCAAGCCACUGGUCAAGUGGCUGAAGGUGAAGAGGAGUGAGCAUCACAAACCUACCCUGAACCAGGAGCUGCAUGAGCACACUUUUGACCACAUUCUGGCUGCAGUGGAGGACGUUGUGGGGCACCAUGGCUAUCACUACUGGAGGGACAGGUGGGAGCAGUUUGAUAAGAAGUACCUGAGUCAGCUGUUGAUGCGGCGGUCAGCCUACCGCAUCCGGGACCAGAUUUGGGAUGUGUACUACAGACUCAACAUCCGGGAUGCCAUCAGCUUCGUGGACCAGGGAGGCCACGUCUUGUCCUCCACCGGGCUCACUCUGCCCUCUAUGCCCAGCCGCAAUUCUGUGGCAGAAACCUCUGUCACCAACCUGCUGAGGGAGAGUGGCAGUGGAGCAUGUCUGGAUCUGCAGGUGAUUGACACAGUACGCAGCGGCCGGGACCGUGAGGAUGCUGUGAUGCACCACCUGCUCUGUGGAGGCCUUUACAAACCUCGCUACAGGGUUGGCCUGUUACAAGAGCUGUUUAAGAAUGUCUUCUCUGGUAGCAGAGGGCAGAUCAAACUGGAGGGGCCCAGAAUCCCUCCAGCUUUGGCUCACCACCCUGAGGCCCCAUAUUGUCCUUACAGUCAGGCAACCCACCAUGUCUUCCUCAGUUAAUGACUAUUAAACCCUGUUGCAUCCAACCUGUGGGGUUUUUUGUUUGUUUGUUUUUUGGUUUUGUUUACUUUUUUCUUACGGAAAAUUUCUGUCGUUCAGAAAACUAGAGAGAAUAACUCAUUUAACCACCACUCACCUCCAAUAAUUUUCAAUGCAUGGUCAAUUCUGUUACAUUCUGUCCCCCACUACGCCCCAGCUACACUUUAUUAUCUUACAGCAAACUCCAGAUACCAUCUCAUCUCUAACUAUUUCCAUAUGUAUCUCUAGGUGGCAAGAAUUCUUUAAAAAAAAAAGCCAUAGUACCCUUAUCACUUACAACAAAUAACAGUGAUUCCUUCUCACCUCAAAUAUCCAGCCAGUGGUCAAUAAAUACCUUUUUCCAGCUGGUUUGUUCGAGUCAGGAUCCAAAUAAAGUCCACAGUUUGCAUUUAGUAAACAUGUCUCUAUUUUUUUUAAAAAAUCGGUGAUAGUUUUGUCUUCCUUUUUUUCUCAUUAUUUACUUACUGAAGAAACUGGAUCCAUUAUCUCAGAGAAUGUUCCAUUUUACAGAUUCUGACUGUAUUCCAGUGGUGGUGUUUAACACGUUCCUCUACAUACUGUAUUUCUUGGUAGUUAAAUCUGGAGGCCCGGUUGUAUUCAGGAACAUUCGAUAGGUGUGCUGUGUAUUUCUUAUUGUAUUACAUCAGGAAGUACAUAAUGACUGACUGUCUGUGGAUGUGUGUGUGUAAGAUUGGUCAAUGGUUCAGUCCAACCAGUUCUUGUGAAGUCAAUUAAAAAAAAAAACUGGAUUAAGAUUGUGCUUAUCCCUGUUAAAUGUCAUCUUAUUUGAUUUAGCCCAUCAUUCCAUUGUUUGGAUCCCAUGUCUGCCACCAAAUAUCUCCUCAGAUUCACAUCAUAGGGAAAUUUGCUAAGCCUGUUAACUUUGUAGUCAUCAAAAUCAACAUACAAAUGUUGAACAGGAUAGAGCUGAGGACAGAGCCCUGUGGCAUGCUACUAAAGACUUUCCUCCAGACUGACCUUGAUCAAGAAUUUUUUGGGUAUGGUUACUCAACCAGUUCUAAAUCCACUUAGUUAUGCCAGAACACCAUCCAUAAUUCCUCAUGUUCUUCACAGAAAUAUCAUCAGAGAGAGACAGAAGUAUCUAGUAUGCAGUUAGAAACAUAAGAUUAUAGUUUAGGAGAGAGAUACGGGCUGGAGAUAAAGAUUUGGAAGCAAUCUGUACCAGAGGUCUCCUGGCCUGGCUACAUCAGAAUCUCCCAGGGAGCUUGCUAGAAUACAUAUUCCUGGCUUCUCCUGGAGAGUCUGAUCCUGUAGUGUGCAAUGGGAUGAGGAAUCUGCUCUUAAUAAGCCCCCUGAGGGGAUUCACAUGUAGCUGGUCUGAUGGCUGAUGUUUGGGAAACACAGAUGUAUCCCUGGGCUAGCUGGCGCUGAGAGAGGACACUUUCACUGGGGAGGGCAUUUAGAGGAGAGAGAGGGGGGCCAAGGACAACACUGAGGAAUGCACAUGUAAGAAAAGGAAGGGGAGCCAGCGGAGGAGAGAGAAGGAGCCCUUGGAGGGACAGUAGCAGGGAGCCAGCGGAGGAGAGAGAAGGAGCCCUUGGAGGGGCAGUAGCAGAUGGUGUCUCGGAGGCCUGGGGCAUAAGGAGGGCUGGACGUUGCACAGAUGUUGCCUAACCAGAGGCCAUGGCACUGCUGACCAGGGAGAAAGCAGCACACUGAAGUUGCAAUCAGGCAAACCCCCCUGGAGCUGUAUUUUUUUUUUUAGUUUGCAUUUUUUUAAAUUUUUUUUUUAACAUCUUUAUUGGAGUAUAAUUGCUUUAUAAUGGUGUGUUAGUUUCUGCUUUAUAACAAAGUGAAUCAGCUAUACAUGUACAUGGAGCUGUUUCUCUGAUAGUCAAGGAAUGGGUACUAGGGGAAGUGUCAGAAUGUAAGUGUAAAAGUCUGGCAGCAAAAGCGAGGCAAUGGUAUCAAUGGAAAGGCCUUUUUCAAGGAGGUAAGGGCAGGAGCAUGCUUAAAAGCAGAGGGAGGGGGGCCAGUGUCGAUGGAAGGAUUGAAGAUGCAGGAGUGGAGGACCGGGAGGGAGGAGGGAGCAGAGCAGGGAACUGCUGGAGGCAGGGAGUGAGCUAAGCAAAGCGGAGGCCUGGGUUGGGGAGUGAGAAGCCCUGUGAAGGAGCUGGGCCCCUGCAUGCCCAGGAGAGAGGGGCACCUCUGUGUGAGCGUGUAGAAGAGGGCAGCUGGGAGGAGACUUAAAGGGGGCUCUUAGAUCCAGCUCAGGGAAGCAUGAAAUAUGAGGCAAAGGAAAGGGACCAGACUGGGGAUGUGAGGCAAGACAAAUGAUUGGGAACAUGCGGGCAGUACUUUGGGGGGUUACCACUAGGUAAUGAAAAGGCCUCUCGGCAGUCAAGGGCAGAGGUGGAGACAGUCUAAGUGAGUGUGUAGUGGGCUUGGUCUUUAUGAGAAAGAGUUGGAAAGAGGAGAUGGGGGUGGUCCUGAACUGGACACCAAUUCAGGUAUCGUGGGACUGAGGGGGUCGAAGGUAUCAAGAGAGGGAGUCAUGGAAGUUCAAAGUGCAGCCUGCAGAGUCACGGUGGUGGCUGGAGAACUGGCUAGCUGGAGAGUUCCAGCUGGACAGAGAGUCCUGUGUAGUUAAAAGGAGGCAAAUGGGCCAGGCAUGUGGACCAGGCUCAGAUAAACAGAGGUGCAAAGAAGGAAAUGCCCCCCUUGGCCUCACAGUAGCCCUGAGGGACAAGACACAGGGUCCCCUGCCUCUUGUCACGUCAGAUCAGAGAGAACUGGGAGAGGGCAGUAGGGAAUACGGAAAGCCAAAUUUGAGGAAACAGGUUCUGGGAUAAAGGAAAGUUUUCCCCCAGUGAACUGAGCAUAUAGAGAGUAUAGAGUCUGGCUGGGUCCCUACUGUAUUUUUUGUUUUGUUUUUUCAAUCCAUGGCUAGUUCUGGCAACAGUGGGCCAGCAGGAGCUAUGGUGAACAUGGGGCUGUGGCCUGGGGUCCCUGUGGGAGGCCAGGACACCCAGCCUCACGGCAGGGCGGGGCUGUC